UACAAAUCAUGACUUACGCAGCAGUAGCUUGGGGCUACGUUUCCAAAACGAUGAAGAAGAGGCUCCAAGCUCAACAAAACAUGGCACUCCGUGAAGCGGUGGACGCACCGUGGUAUGUACCUAACAGAGUGCUAUAUGACGAACUACGACAGGUACCGGUCGUAAUCCAGAUGAGAGAGAGGGCCAGAAAGUUCUUUGAAAAGAAAUAAAGUUCUUUGAAAAGAAAUGUGCUGAUUGAAGCCGCCUUGGAUUACGACCCAAGAACAAUAAGGCGUCAUAAAAGACCGAAAAGCCAGCUGCAACAAGAAGAUAUUUGGCCCUAGCAGCUGAUCAGGCCAAAGAAAAGGGGAGAAGACCGACAAUAGUUGUACACCCAAGAGGGGAAAGAACAGCCCGUGUACAACGGGUGGACAAAAAGAAGCCUGUCGAUUGAGGUGGCCAGAGUCAAGCACGGACUCG